CUGACAGAAAUAAUGAAUAAGGACAGAGCUCUGAUCAUCUGCUCGCUGAGCGCUAUACUGUACUCCACAAUUGUGGGAUCCGCACCUGCCCCAGCGGAUGUAGACUGCAGUAGGCGGCAGGAUUUCAAUGCCGUCAGAGGCUGCUGCACCAUUCCCACCUUCCACUUUGAGGCCUUUCGGAAGCAGUGCGGCAGGUACAUGCCCGAGAGUGGACCCCGGGUGUCACCCUGCCUCUACGACUGCAUCUUCAAUGCGACUGGAAUCCUAAAUGGAUCGGAGGUGGAUGCGGAAAAUGCCCGCAGCAUGCUGCAGCGGUUGCUGGGCAACAAUCAGGACUUCGUGGACGUCUACUUGGACGGAAUGUUGCAGUGUCCCGGGGCUGUGGAUGCAAUGCUGAGGUCCAAAAGACCCCGUCCGAUGCCCGGUGUGGAGCAGUGCUCCCCAGUGCCCCUCUACUAUGGGAUCUGUACUACGAAACACAUCUUCAGCUAUUGUCCUUCGUCCAGCUGGUCCGACACGGAGCUGUGCGAGACGGCUCGUCUCCAGAACCUUCACUGCCCAACCAUGCGUGCAUCACGUGGCGGCGGUCCCAGACCCAUUUGA